AUGCAACAACGAAAUCCGAUCCCUCUCUACCAACAAUCAUUCUCGAAAUAUUUACAUGAUUAUUUCUGGAGGAAUUAUGCUCAUCACAAGAGUCCUGGAAUUCUAAAAAUUCAAUGGAAUCAUGAUCCAAACAACCAUAAAUUUCAUAGUGUCUGUAAAUUUCAUGACCAAGGAAGUCGCUCACAAAAUUUUAAUCGGAAAGAGCACGAAGAAGAAGCACGAGGUCAUUCAAGUAGCUCUUCCGAGGCUUCUCUAAAACGAUUUCAAAGGUUUCUGUUUGAAUGGUAUGCUCAAUCUCACAAUCCGUUGAGUAUGCAAGCCUCUUCUUCACUGUUUGAUAUCUUUAAUUAUGAGCACUUGACAGAGGCUGAAAUCAUCAAUAAGAUGCAAGCUCAAAAGAAACUGACAAAUAUUAAACAAGUUGAAGAAUUCAUGUUGGAUCCAAAAUCAGAAAUGUAUGAGUUUUUAAAUCAUCGAAGAUUUGAGCCGAGGGAUCGCGUCGAUCGUUGGGCUGAAUGGUGGGCUAAGAAAUGUGUCGCCAGAAUACUGAAUUUCUUAUUUGGAAGGAAUACAAUUAGAUAUGCUGUGUUCUUAGAAACCAUGGCAGCAACUCCUGGAAUGGUUGGUGGAAUGUUGCGUCACUUUGCCUCUCUGCGAACAAAACCAAGCCAAAGAAAGAAACAUGAACAUCUUCGUGUGGGUGCCUUACUAGAAGAAGCUGAAAAUCAUCGUAUUCACUUGCUGUUGUUACUUGAAUUGUACAAUCAGAACAUAUUUGAACGAUUCAUCAUGGUUCUUGCACAGAUCACCUUUUCACAGUAUUACUUUUAUAUUUAUGCCAUAUUUGGUCAAAGAUUUUCACAUCGUUUUGUGGGUUAUUUGGCAGAGAGUGCAGUGACGAGUUAUGGUGACUUGUUGAAACAAAUAGAUGAGAAGAAGAUUGAAAAUUUAAAAGCACCUGAAAUUGCCAUCUCCUAUUACCAUUUAGCGGAGGAUUCAACAUUACGGGACGUACUGAUCGCAAUGCGUAUGGAUGAGGUCAAACAUCGAGAAUUUAAUCAUCUCAUUGCUGAUGACAUUUACUUGAAGAAGAGUUCCUCAGAAGCAGUUGUUACAACCCCAGCAUCCUCAUCAUCACAGAAAUAA